AGGAGCUCCCGUCACUUUCCCCCUCUGGUCGAGGGUUUCCUCUGCCCUGUUACGUUCCCCACUCCAAUCCAAUGGCGACGACCAGCAACAAGAAAAUGGCGUCGCCGUCGCCUAUGACGGACAUGCCCGACCAGCUCCUCGCCGAGAUCUUCCUCCGGCUGCCCACCCCACAAGACCUCGCCCGCGCCUCCGCCGUUUGCCUCACCUUCCGCCGAAUCUCCACCGACAGGUCCUUCCUCCGCUGCUUCCGCUGCCUCCACGCACCACCACUUCUCGGAUUCCUCGACCGCGACGGCUUCCACCCAGCCCUAACCUCCACCCCCGCCGUUCGCGCGGCCGCCGUCGCCGCCGAUUUCACCUUAUCCUUCCUCCCCUACCACCGCCGCUGGACCGUGCAGGACGUCCGCGACGGCCGCGUCCUCCUCUGCCGCAGCAUCGGAAAACAUGGGCAGCCCCCGGUCUUCAGAGAUCUCGCGGUGUGCGACCCCUUGCACCGGCGCUACGUCCUGCUCCCCCCGCUACCUCACGACCUGGCUGCUUUGCUUGGGCACCCUUUCCCCCCGGUAACCGAGGCCUGCUGCAAGCGCUUCCUCGUUCCCCUCGGUGAGGAGGAGGCAGCGGCUGGAGACACAACAUUCAUAGUCAUCUUGAUGGCAUAUUGCAAAACCAGUCUGGCUGCCUUUGUCUUCUCUUCCAGCAACGAUCAAUGGCAAGCUACUGCAUCCAAGGAUUUGAGUGAUUUGGCCCUUGACGAGGGCGACAUGGAGGAGAUGUCAAGGGUCCAGCCUUUUAUUCCCAUGCGCCAUUAUGCUUAUGGCUGUUUCUACUGGGACUGGGUGCAAUUCGGGAUGAAGAAGUUGCUCUUGCUUGACACCACGAACAUGGAGUUCUCCACUGCUGACCUCCCACCAGGAGAAUGGAGCAAGGAAGGUAUAGCCAUUGUGGAGGCAGGGGAAGGCAGGCUCGGGAUCUUUGGUUUCCAUGGUGGACUUGCAUCCAAUCUCAGCUAUACAGCUGCACGGACCAAAGGCGAGAGUCCCAGCCAGUGGCAGAUGGAGAAGACAAUCUCACUAGAUUCUGGCUACAAAUAUUGUAUCAGAGACGCAACACAGAGGUACUUGCUCUUGACAAGGAUAGAAGCAUCAUCUCCAAAUAAUCACCUUGUUGGAUAUUUCUCAAUGGAUAUCAAGACGUUGCAGCUUCAGAGGGUUUAUGAGAAACAGCACUAUAAGUAUCCGACAUACGCAUAUAUCAACUUCCCACCAUCAUUGUUGUCUUCAAGGAGAAUAUGAAGUGGUUUGACAGAGCCAUACCCAUACGUAAUCAUAUCAGCAUUCUUAAUUCAAAGCGACCAUGGUUUCAACAGCUUGGAGUUCUCACAUACGUGAUCACGUUGCCUACAAAACAACAAGAUCUACAUUGCCUUGCUUGGUGGUGGCCAUGUCAAUGUUUUGGUUAUUAGGUCUAACAUCAAUGUGGAAUUUCCCUGCCUAAGAAUGUGACUUUGAUAUUAGGAGUUCAAGUCAAUUUUUCUUCUUCAUUAUUUGUUAGAGUUGCUAAAACAGGUACAAUCUGACUAGUGGCAGAACGAUCACAACGGAACUGAUAACCAACAUAAGGACAAUAUAAGCAGCACCAGCAUGCAGUUGGAGGGACUCGGUUCUUUGUUGCUGCUGCUGCUGUACGGUGAAGGGUAGGCAGCAAAAUAGGUUUGUAGAGCUGUAGAAAGAGGUGAGUGGAAGUCCUAAAUGGUGCUCAUGUUUGGAUCGCCGAAGUACCGAUAAUUUGUGGAAUCUUGAAUAUGCUGUAUGAUCUUGAAUACUGAGUGGACAAUUUUCUCUGCUGUAUGAUCUUUUGUCCCUUUUUCUUCA